AGGAGAGAGUGAAAGAGAUGGGUGGGGGUGGAUGGGAGUGUUUGGCUGUUGUCUAUGUGUACGGCAGGGGAGUUGAAGCAGUCAGGAGGGGAGAGAGGGCUGGCACGUGGAAGGGCAGUAUUUCUCAGAAACAGGAGAGAGAGAGAGAGGAAAGAGAGGAGGUGGAAGCUCUCCAAGAUCAGUGCGCUUGUUGUCUGACACACGCUUGCACUCACACAUUCUUAUGAGUUUGAGGAAUCCAUCGCCUGUGGUAAGAGUGACAGGAACAGUCAGCCAGGGUUGAGUCACAGCAGUGCGCAUGGUUUAGACACUUUCUUCACACUGAGAUCCACAGAAGCAUCUCAAAACACACCCUAAGCGUAAGUGAGUUUCGGCACACUGCUCUGAUGACAGCAAACUAAUUUUCUUCUGUAACCGGCAAUUCAGUCUGUCAGCGGAUGGAGGCUGCUCGUGGUGGAUUGUAAGGAGUCAGCGUGAGACUUCAAGAGGAGUGCGUGAGGAUGGCAUGGGGCGUAUGGACCUUCAUGCUUUGCGAGACACUGUGGAUCUGCUCUGCAACUCAAUCAGCAAAGACUGUGAAUCCAAGAUUACGACUAUCUCACAGAGAGUUAUGGGAGCUGAACAGGACGUGGGUGUUCCAGGCCGGAGAGGGGCGUCUGCAGCACUACAGUAUGUUACUGGAUGAGACUCAGGAAAGGCUAAUCAUCGGAGGAAAAGACAUCCUGUACUCUCUCAAUCUGGAGCGCAUCACUGCCCCUCACAAAGAGAUUCACUGGGUGAGCUCUGAGGAGCAGGUGGGGGAUUGUUUAAUGCAGGGCAGAGAGAAGCCUGAGUGUGCAAACUACAUUAAGCUGGUGCAGCAUUAUAACAGUACCCACCUGUUAGCAUGUGGGACUGGAGCCUUCAGCCCAGUGUGUGCCUAUAUCAGAGUGGGCCGUGGAACAGAGCAGGAAGGAGGGUUCAGGUUGGAGUCUGAUCACAUAGAGAGCGGCAGAGGAAGAUGCCCAUUCCAUCCCAACAGCCCUUCAGCAUCCACAGUGCACCGUGGGGAGUUGUUUGUUGGCUUGUACACUGAUUAUUGGGAGAACGAUGCCGCUCUAUAUCGUCUAGGCAACCGCAGCUUCAUUAGGACUGAAGUGGGUGACAGACAGCAGCUGAAUGAGCCCAAGUUUGUGGGUUCGGCAGUGAUCCCUGACAAUGAUGAUCUUGCUGAUGAUAAGGUCUACUACUUCUUCACGGAACGAGUGACCAAUAUGGAGGGUGGAAACAAAGCCGUUUACACCAGAGUGGCCAGAGUCUGUGCGAAUGACCAGGGUGGUCAGAGGAUGCUGGUAAACAGAUGGAGCUCUUUCCUGAAGACUCGUUUGAUCUGCUCAGUGGCUGGACCCAACGGCAUUGACACACACUUUGAUGAGCUCGAGGAUGUGUUCGUGCUACGGAAGAAAGAUGAGAAAAAUCCAGAGAUCUUUGGUCUGUUUAGCACCACCAGUGCCGUGUUUAAAGGAUACGCAGUGUGCAUGUAUAACAUGGAAGACAUCCGUGCAGCGUUUAAUGGGCCUUUUGCACACCGGGAACGGACUGACCACCACUGGAAAGUGUACGAUGGCAGGGUCCCCUACCCACGACCUGGAUCGUGUGUCAGUAAGAUAAAUGGAGGCCAGUUUUCCAGUUCAAAGGAGUAUCCGGAUGAGGUUCUGCGUUUUGUGCGUUCUCAUCCCCUCAUGUUCCAGGCGGUGCAGCCCGUUCACAGACGGCCCAUACUGCUGGACACUGAAGGAGGACGUAAACUCACACAGCUGGCUGUGGACCGAGUGGAAGCUGAGGACGGACACUACAAUGUUCUCUUCAUAGGGACUGAUGAUUCUGUAGUAUUAAAAAUGAUCACAAUCUACAACAAAGAAGCUGACACAGUUGAAGAAGUUCUUCUGGAGGAAUUACAGGUUUUCAAGGUCCCUGUUCCUAUUACGGAGAUCCUCAUCUCUACUAAACGACAACAGCUGUACGUUGGCUCUGAGCUUGGUGUAACACAGAUCCGUGUACACCAGUGUGGGCUGUACGGUUCAGCCUGUGCCGACUGCUGCCUGGCCAGAGACCCCUACUGUGCAUGGGACGGGUUGACAUGUUCCCGGUACUACCCUGCUGGGCAGUAUACAAAAAGGCGCUUCCGACGGCAAGACAUCCGCCAUGGCAACGCGGUUCAGCAGUGCAACGGGCUUCAGCUUAGCGAAGAACAAAGCAUCUCAGAAAAGCUUGUAUAUGGUGUGGAGAAUAAUAGCACCCUACUGGAGUGCAGACCACGAUCACUGCAGGCAUCUGUAACAUGGUAUAUUCAACAUGGUGUGGACAUGGAGGAGGUGAAAGGCGAUGAUCGUGUGAUUCAAAUCCCCCAUGGCCUGUUGCUCCUUAAAAUAGCAAAGGGAGAUGCAGGAGUCUACGUGUGCCAGUCCACAGAGCAUGGCUUCGUCCAGACGGUGGUGCGUGUUACUUUGGAUGUGCUGGAUGAGGGCAAAGUGGAGGCUUUAUUGCAUAAAGGGGAGGAAGGCGAUUCUGCACACAGACCUCCACCCUGCCCCUUCCCCAGCCUGCCCUCCGCUCCAUCCUCCUCAAAGCUCUGGUACAAGGAUUUCAUGCAGCUGAUCGGCUACAACAACUUCCAGCGGGUGGAGCAGUACUGUGAGAAGGUGUGGUGCGUGUCUGACAGGAAGAGGAAGAAACUCAAGGGAAUGGCACCCAAAUGGCGGUACACACCUGGGGCAGAGCAGCAGGGGAGAGCACGGGCGCCUCGACACACACAGGGACAGUAAAAACUGUUAGAUCAGAGAACGAAACACUUAAACUCAUUCUCAGUGGAGAUGAUUGUAUAUAGGCAUUUUUAUUAU